GCCUUUUUGGCUGUUGGGGAGUGCCGAAAGUUACUGGGACGGUAGUUCAAGGCUGGCGUUUUUCCCUCGCUGAGGACGCGGGACAACCCGGCGUCGGCAGCGGUGAAGAGUCGGCCGAGCAGAGGACCGAAACUGCUGCUGCCACCGACGCAACAGGCAGGAGCAUGGCAGCAGAGGUGACGCUAGCCGACGCCUUGUCCAACGUCGAUGUGUUGGACGAGUUGCCGCUACCGGAUCAACAGCCCUGCAUCGAAGCCCUGCCCUGCAGCAUAGUGUAUCACGCCAACUUCGACACCAACUUUGAAGACCGAAAUGCAUUUGUCACAGGAGUCGCCAAGUACAUUGAAGAAGCCACCGUCCAUGCCGAGCUUAAUGAAAUGCUUGAGCAAGGACAAGAGCAUGCGGUCAUGCUUUAUACGUGGAGGUGUUGCUCACGUGCCAUUCCGCAGCCCAAGUCAAAUGAGCAACCAAAUAGGGUAGAGAUCUAUGAAAAAACUGUUGAAGUACUCGCACCCGAGGUGAACAAGCUGCUCAACUUCAUGUACUUUCAGAGGAGGGCAAUCGACCGGUUCACAGCUGAGGUUAGGAGGUUGUGCCAUGCUGAAAAACGGAAAGACUUCGUGUCAGAAGCCUAUCUCUUAACCCUUGGCAAGUUCAUCAAUAUGUUUGCUGUGCUGGAUGAGCUGAAGAACAUGAAAUCAAGCGUGAAGAAUGACUAUGCAACUUACAGGAGGGCAGCCCAGUUCCUGAAAGUAAUGGCUGACUCUCAAGCACUUCAGGAGUCGCAGAACCUGUCCAUGUUCCUGGCGACGCAGAACAAAAUACGGGAUACGCUCAAGGAGACUCUGGAGAAAAUUGUUGGCUAUGAUGACCUCUUAGCAGACAUUGUCAACAUCUGUGUCCAAAUGUACGAGACCAAAAUGUACAUGCUGCCUGCAGAAAAGCACAUGCUGGUUAAAGUGAUGGGAUUUGGUCUCUUUCUAAUGGAUGGAGAGGUGUGCAACAUCAACAAACAAGACCAGAAGAAGCGGAUUAACAUCAGCAAGAUUGACAAGAUAUUCAAGGCUCUGGAGAUGGUGCCACUGUUUGGAGACAUGCAGAUAGCACCAUUCCACUACAUUAAGUGCAGUCCACACUACGAGGCAUCCCGUUGGCCAUUGGCCAGUUCAAGCAGUCCCAGCCCUCAGUCUGACCUCCUGCAGCACCUGCCAGCCAUACGUGACGAUUACGAACGCUACAUCAGCGAACUCGCACGUCACAGCAAUGAGGUCACAACAACUGUGAAAGAAACACCACGAACUGACGCAGAGAACAAGGAACUGAACGACCUUGCCCUUAGGGGCCUCCAGCUCCUGUCUGACUGGACAACUCACGUCACAGAACUCUACUCAUGGAAAUUGAUGCAUCCUACUGACCCACAUCAGAACAAGGAAUGUCCGCAGGAGGCUGAGGAGUACGAGCGAGCCACACGCUACAACUAUACUGACGAAGAAAAGUUUGGCUUGAUCGAAGUGAUAGCCAUGGUAAAAGGCCUGCAGGUUCUCAUGAGUCGAAUGGAAACGGUGUUCACAGAUGCCGUCCGGCGACACGUGUAUUAUGAACUGCAGGGAUUUGUGCAGCACACUUUGCGAGAACCACUGCGGAAGGCUGUGAAAAACAAGCGAGACCUCGUCCGCAGCAUCAUCAUGUCUGUCCGAGAGACGUGUGCUGACUGGAAGCGUGGGACAGAACCUAACGAGGACCCAGCUCUCAGGGGGAAGAAGGACCCUGACAAUGGAUUUGACAUUUCUGCACCGCGGAGAAACGUUGGCCCUUCCAGCACGCAGUUGUACAUGGUGCGCACAAUGCUGGAAUCUCUGAUUGCCGACAAGAGCGGCGGCAAGCGGACCCUGCGCAAGGACAUCGACGGUCCCUCCCUCAUGGAGAUCGACAGGUUCCACAAGGGAUCUUUCUACUGGAACUACUUACUCAACUUUAGCCAGACAUUACAAGAGUGUUGUGACCUGUCCCAGUUGUGGUACCGAGAAUUUUACUUGGAAAUGACAAUGGGGAAAAGAAUCCAGUUCCCGAUUGAAAUGUCCCUUCCGUGGAUCCUGACUGAUCACAUCCUGACCACUAAGAACCCUUCCAUGAUGGAAUGCGUACUCUAUCCUUUGGACUUGUACAACGACAGUGCAUUCUACGCCCUCACUAAGUUCAAGAAACAGUUUCUCUACGAUGAGGUAGAGGCUGAGGUCAACCUGUGUUUCGACCAGUUUGCAUACAAACUAAGCGACCAGAUAUUUGCCUACUACAAGCACCUGGCCGGCAGCAUCCUGCUGGACAAGCGCUUCCGCGUGGAGUGUGCAAGCAACUCGACUGUGUUUGCCUACCCCGUGGCCAACCGGUACGAGACUCUGUUGCGGCAGCGACACGUCCAGCUGCUGGGCCGCUCGGUGGACCUGAACCGCCUGAUUGCCCAGCGGUUGGGUGCUGCACUGCAACGAAGCCUCGAGCUUGCCGUGGCACGCUUUGAGGCGCAAGACAUUACGGGCGUUGUGGAGCUUGAAGGCCUGCUAUCAGUGAAUCGUAUGACACACAAGCUGCUGAGCAAGUUUGUCACCCUGGAUGACUUCGAUGCCAUGCUGAGAGAAGCAAAUCACAACGUCCUGGCACCGUAUGGCCGCGUGUGUCUACAUGUCUUUUGGGAGCUCAACUACGACUUCCUGCCAAACUACUGUUACAAUGCUGCUACAAACAGGUUUGUCAAGGUGAAGGACAUCACCCUGACGCAACCUGUGACUAGGGAAAAGAUGCCCAGUGCCCAGCCUCACUACAUCUAUGGCACUAAGGCGUUGAACUCUGCAUACCAGCAAAUCUACAGCUUGUACAGUGGCUUCGUGGGUGCGCCCCACUUUCGCGCUAUCUGCCGGCUCCUGGGCUACCAGGGCAUUGCCGUCGUCAUGGAGGAACUGCUCAAAAUUGUUAAGAGCCUGAUUCAAGGUACCCUGCUGCAGUACACGAAAACCCUCCUAAAAGUAAUGCCCAAGCACUGUAGGCUCCCACGCUACGACUAUGGUUCCCCUGGUAUCCUUGGCUACUACCACGCUCAACUGAACGACAUUGUGCAGUACCCCGAUGUCAAGACUGAAAUGUUCCAAAGCUUUCGGGAGGUUGGCAAUGCCAUACUGUUCUGCCUUCUCAUAGAACAAAGCUUGUCACAGGAAGAAGUGUGCGACCUCCAGCAUGCUGCACCAUUCCAGAACAUUCUACCUCGACCUUACUGCAAAGAUGGAGAGAAACCGGAGACCAAGUUGAAGCGUCUUGAAGCCAAGUACGGUCCGCUGCAGGUGGUGCAGACUAUCGAACGCCUUGGAACACCAAAGCAAGCCAGCAUAGCUAAGGAGGGAGACCUCCUGACGAAGGAGCGCCUGUGCUGUGGCCUGUCAGUGUUCGAGGUCAUCCUGACACGCAUCAAGUCUUACCUGGAUGACCCCUUGUGGGUGGGGCCUCCCCCGGCCAAUGGAGUGAUGAAUGUGGAGGAGUGCACCGAGUUCCACAGGCUGUGGAGUGCCCUGCAGUUUGUCUACUGCAUCCCGGUCGGCGAGAACGAGUUCACUGUCGAGCAACUGUUUGGAGAAGGACUACACUGGGCUGGCUGUGCCAUGAUUGUGCUGUUGGGCCAACAGCGUCGCUUUGAGGCCCUCGAUUUUUGCUAUCACAUUCUGCGCGUUCAGCGAGUCGAUGGCAAGGACGAGCUGGUCAAGGGCAUUCCCCUGAAGAGGAUGGUGGAUCGUAUCCGGCGUUUCCAAGUGCUCAACUCGCAGAUAUUUGCUGUGCUCAACAAAUAUCUGAAGACGAGCGAUGCUGACAGCUUGCCUGUUGAGCAUGUGCGCUGCUAUCCACCACCUAUUCACCAAUCACUCGCAGCCUCAAGACCUCCGCCAGGCACCAUUUACAUGCGCGCUGACGCAGUCCUUAAGUAAUGGUCCUACUUGUACCACCAUUUUAUUUCAUCCUACUAAUUGUGCCGGGCUGGAGAAUCUCGGAACCACGAUAAUCACCAGCGUUUGCUUGUUGUGAAGUCGUAUGUGUGUGGUCCGAGAAUAAGUAUGAAAUAUCGUGUGUUGCACUCGGGCAAAACAUGUGCAUCAGCUGCAGUACUUUAAUGACUGUCCAACUUCCCGUUGCAACUCGGCGGCAUUCACGAUCAAUUCUGAUACUGUGCUCACAUUUCACGGGAAGUUUUAGAAUUCUCAUAGUGCGAGACAGUUGUGUGUACACUAGCGUGGACAGGGAAAAACAGCGUGGCCCCAAUGCUUGCAUGUGUACCGUUGGUUGCGUGUGCGAGGUUUAGGAAUCUGUGGCCAAUAUUUAACUAUCAUGUAAAUGCAUAACGCUUUCCCAGUAAUUGAUAAUGACUAGUUGUGUAAGCCUUUAGUGAGGAGAGGACUACAUUCCAAAUGUGAUUAGAUUCUUUCGUGAUGGGCUUAUCUGGUACCAACAUGAGCACUUGCCUGUUACUAGGCCACAUGGUAACAUCAUUGUUUACACUGGUGUGGUAAUUUGUAGGAUAACAGAUCUUGGGGGGGGGGGGGUGCAAGAAUAUGGCAUUGCACAGCUAGGCUUAGAAGGGUGUUUAUAAAAAAUGAAGUUACCUGAACCUUGUAGUAGCAUUGUGAAUGUCAUAUGGGCAAAGUAUAGUGAGUCAACUUUUUGCGUUUCAGCUGCAAUUUAAUUGAUAAUUUUGGUUGCAAUAUUCGGUGGUUUUCGAGUAUCGUUGCCCUUGUAUCUCAGUUUGUACUGGGCAUACUGCUGCUCAUAUUUCAUUUUGAGGCUGCUGGUGUAAUCGACAAUAGCACUUUUGUAUAACUUUUGUACACUUUACCCUCCUGCACAGUUUUGCAUCAACCUUUUUUUUAGGGAGAAAGGGGCUGCCAUGUACAUGUCUUGUGACAAGAUGAUGUAAAAGUGGGAAAUACUACUGCAAUUGUUCAUGGUUUAUGUGCCAAGGCUACAUCUUAAGAUGGAAGAGACCCUAAAACUGUUCUGAUGAAUUUUUGUAAACCAUUUGAGCUGGCACUGCAUGUGUUUCAAAUCUUCAACAGUGCUGUUUAAGCACCGUGGAGAGUGUAAUUUACUAUUAAGUUGUAAACAUGCACAUUGCUACAGAUCACACUGGUGGACCCUGCAUCAACUCUUCAGCCAGUCCUGCUUUAGGGCAUGUCAUCCUCCUGCAACAUUGCUUGUGCGACUGAUAUGAUUGGCUUCUUGGCGUUUGUACCGGAGGAGAAAACAUGAACUGCUGGGUUUGUGGUGUCAGCUGGUGGCAAAAAUAUCAAUUAGCUAGGAUUUCAUGACCUGCCAUGCACUGGCAGAAAAUUAUGUCAGGAAGAGCUUAGUUCUGAACCUUCACCACUCUGUAAAAAAGUCUAGAAAGAAAAAAAGCAUUGCUUGGAAAGCGAGCACCCAUAAUUUUCUGUAACUUUCUUGAUGCAAGGUACUUUGUGCUAAAUAUCACAUGAAUUACUUACUCUGAUUGUCACCUAACCACUUGUAGAAUAUUGAAAAAAAAAAACUUAAGUAUAAUGUACAAAAAAAAAAGCCCUUCAAGAUUCUCAACCAAAUGAAACAGUGAGGUUCAGAAUCAAUAUUGCUUUAUGUAUUCUGCAAUUGUAGCUUCCAUUGCUUCUUUGUUGAUUUCAGUUGAUUUCAGUUUGGUUUGCGACAGCACACCUUAAUUGUCUGCAAGUUCCACACUGCCCUUUGGCAUGGCAUCAUCCAUGUUGUUUUUUCUAUCUCAUGUGUUACUUAGGGAUUUCAACUUUCGUGUGCAAACACUACACUUUGUUUUUAAACCUAUUAUUUUAAAUGCAGGUAAUGUGCAUAAAAGCAUGCUAUUUCUGUCAGCCAUUAAGUAGAAAAUAUGGCCACACAUAUUGGUUUUAGGCUAAGCAGAAUGGGCAGAAAUGCAUCCUUGCUAGUUUUUAGGCUAUUAUGCAGAAUUUGUUUUUGGAGGGGGAGGAAGUUGUUUAUAAUCAUUGCAAGUCACACACACCAUGCAGCAAAGGCUACUUUAAUGCAGCCGUUACAAGUUUUUUAAAAAAAGGUGUUUUUUUGUAAGCAAAUAGAGGUGACGCAGUGAAGCCAGUGCUGCUGCUACUGCCCUGUAAGUAUAUUUGAUGAGCCAUUUCAUUUCUCAUCUGUCAAAAAAGAGUGUAAUAAUCCACAAUAUUAUCAUUUCACUUUUGUGCUUCCAUUCUGUGUAGAGCUACCUGUAUGAACUAAUAUAUAUGUAUUUUUUAUUGUCAUCUCAUUCUAUGCUUGUAUUUCAAUGUAUCGGUUUUGUUUAAGUAAUUUAUUUUUGUAACAUUGCAUAGCGCGUGUGCAAUGGAAAAUAAGGAUAAUUUCUGUCCCGUAUCAUGCUGAUGUUUUGUUCCUCAGUGUGUUGAUUGGUGCUGUAUUGAAAAUUUGCGCAGUGAAUCGCUACCUUUAUUUAGGGCAUAAUUUUCUGCAAGUAUAUUUGUUUCUGGCUCCCUAUGAAAAUGCUUGAAUACAGGAAUAUUGAGGCUCGAGGUAUUCUGGCCUCAUUAAAAUUUUAAUUUGUAUUCAUUUCAUGCCCCCUUUUAUACCACUGCACGAGAUGCAUUGGUGGGAUAGAUGCUGUCAAAACUUUCGUUUAGAACCGCUCACUGAAAGCCAUCCAGUGACUUUAUAGUGCCUUUUGGUUUUAGCAAGCUUGCAGUUGUGUAGCGCAAAAUUGCUGCUUUGUUUUUGUGUGUCAUACAGAGAGUGCAUAGUUUGUUGUCUCUGGGCCGCACUUUCACUAUAUACCUUGAUAUUGUUUACCAGCAAGAUUUUAUGGGACUUCUCUUAUUUGGCAACAUAUUCAUGCAUAAUUUGUGUGUCCUUUCAAUAAAUUGAGCCUAUUAUGUGAUUAUGCAGCUGUCGCAAUAUAGUAUUUUUCUUGUGUGUAAACGAGUCCAAACAUGAAAUAUCUUCUGCUGCAAUUUGUUCCUUUCAGCACCACGUGAGUGUGUGUAUCCAAAUGCUGAAUUUGUUGUUUUCUUUUGUUGUUGUUUGUAUUGGUGUCCAUCCCAGGAAGAAUUUUUCGAUACAAUUCACUAUCUUAGGGCUUGGAUUUCUUCAUUCCUGAUAUUUAUUCUCCGGGAAACCAGAAUUUGAUGCUGUCACAGAGGUGUUUGAUUUCUCUUUUGUAUGUUUGUUUUGAGACACUUCUCGCAUAGUUUUCAUUUUUCCUUAAUGUUCUUCUUUAUGAGUUUUUGCACUUUAGGUAGUAAUGUAUUUUGCUAAUACAAGUUAUCUUCUGGCA